UAAGGGCAGAGGAAAUCUGCAUUGCUGUUUACUGAAUCCUUUCCAUCAUUCAGCAGAGAGAAACUCUAACCUAAGUUUUGUUGGUACCUGCACCCCAGAACUUCUUGAAAGAACAUGGCUGGUCUUCAGGACAACACUCUGAGGAUUGUUCUGGUGGGGAAAACUGGAAGUGGGAAAAGUGCAACAGGAAACAGCAUCCUUGGGAGAGAAGCAUUUGUUUCUAAAGUUGCUCCCCAUGCUGUUACCAAGAAAUGUCAGAAAGGAAAGCGACAGUGGAAGGGGAAGAAGCUUCUUGUUGUGGACACCCCAGGGCUCUUUGACACCAAGGAGGAACUGAUGACCACCUGUAGGCAAAUCAGCCAGUGUGUCCUCCUCUCCCGCCCUGGGCCUCACGCCAUCAUCCUGGUUAUACAGCUGGGCCGCUACACGGAGGAGGAACAGAGAACCAUUGCAUUGAUCAAGGUCCUUUUUGGGGAGCCAGCCAUGAACCACAUGAUCAUCUUGUUCACUCGCAAAGAUGAUUUGGGUGAUCAGACACUGGAUGGCUUUUUAUCAGAAGCAGACAUAAACCUGCAAAGCAUCAUCAAGGAGUGUGGGAACCGCUGCUGUGCCUUCAAUAACCAGCAAAGUGAUGAGGCUGAGAAGGAAGCUCAACUGCAGUACCUGGUGGAUCUGAUAGAGAAAAUGGUGCAGGAUAACAGCAUGCCUUACUUUUCUGUUCCCAUCUACAAGGACAUAGAGGAAAAGCUGAAACUCCAGGUAGAAGACUUGAAGAAAAGCUAUGCUGAUCAAUUACUGAAGGAAACUAAACUACUUGAAAAGAAAUGUGCUCAGGGAAAAAUAUCAGAGCAAGCAAUGAAGGAGAAAAAAAUAUUCUUAUUGGAGGACUAUAAUAAAAAAAAUGAAAAUAUUGAGGAAGAAGCUGAAAUAAAUAUAUUUGAAUAUGUUGUAGACAUAAUUUGGGAUAUACUUUCAAAAACAUGGGAUAUGUUUUGGAAAUGAUGUAAGUUUUAUUUCUGUUUCUUAGUUUACUAUGAUUUGUUAAUGUGGUUAAUUCUAUUUUCCAAAGAUGACUACAGCAAUCUAUUCUAUCCCAUCCAUUCUCAUUGUAAUCUGAGUUUAUUUUUCCUUCUGUUGAAUUAAAGGUUUUUUCCUACCAUA